AUGUUUGCAAAAGUUCAUGGAAGAAAUGAGGCUAAUAUUUACGCUGAAUAUCGUGAAAGAAAUGGCGGAAAAAAUAAUUUAGUUAGAUUUAACGAUUUAUUGUUUUCAUGCCAUUCAUUAAUUGCUUCUACAGUAUUACUAUUUCAAUUAUUUUUAUACAAGAAUAGUGACACUCCAAGACCAUCAGUGUCCACAUUUGUUGUGAUAACUAUUGCUACAUUUGUAACAUUUUUAAUGUUUAUAGCUGUAAAACUUGCCUUUAUUGAAUGGAUAGAUGUAUUAUAUUAUCUAAGUUAUUUGAAAUUGCUUUUUACUUGUAUUAAGUAUUCUCCUCAAGUUUAUUUUAAUUAUUCAAGAAAAUCAACUCAUGGAUGGAGUAUUUACACAAAUAUAUUGGAUUUAACUGGUGGUGUAUUUUCAACUCUACAAAUACUGUUAGAUGCCUAUAUAGACGAUAAUUGGGCUGGUGUAUUAGGUUGGCCUUGGAGUAAUAACAAUAUUUUUUGA